AUGGAUGAGAUCGAAGUGAUCGGAGAAGUUGGUCGAGGAAACUAUGGUUCGGUGCAACAGGUGUAUCAUCGACCUACAGGCGUGACAAUGGCUAUGAAGGAAAUACGCUUGGAGCUUGAUGAGUCCAAGUUGAACGGUAUCAUCAUGGAACUGGACAUCCUCCAUCGGGCCGCAUUAUCACCAGAGAUUGUCGAGUUCUAUGGCGCGUUUACGAUCGAAUCUUGCGUCUACUACUGCAUGGAGUAUAUGGAUGCGUCAUUGGACAUCUUGACCGGAGGCGGUCGGCCUGCCAAGGUUGGCGAGAAAGAUCCAGAUGACGAGAGUCAGGAGCUGCGGGUACCUGAACCUGUUCUGAGGAGGAUCACGCUCCAGAUGAUAAAGGGUCUCAAGUUCCUCAAAGACGAACUGCAGAUCAUGCACAGAGAUGUCAAACCAACCAACGUACUCAUGAACCGUAAAGGAGAGGUCAAGCUAUGCGAUUUCGGUGUAUCUGGACAAUUAGAGAAGAGCUUGGCAAAGACAAACAUCGGUUGCCAAUCGUACAUGGCGCCCGAAAGGAUAAAAGGGGAGUCCCAGAACCAGCUGUCAACCUAUACUGUGUCCUCCGACGUCUGGUCAGCUGGUCUGAGUAUCGUCGAACUCGCUCGAGGUUGCUAUCCGUAUCCACCCGAAACAUUCGCCAAUGUCUUUGCUCAACUGACUGCCAUUGUUCAUGGAGCAGCUCCGAGAUUGCCAAAGGGAUACAGCGAGGAUGCGCACGAUUUCGUAGCGAAAUGUCUUACGAAAGAUCCGAAUGGCCGACCGACAUAUGCUCAAUUGCUUGAACAUCCCUUUUUACUUGCGGACAAAGACUCGGAUGUUGACAUGGCUGGAUGGGUCGCUCAGGCGUUGGAACGUCGAGCGGUGAGAGGCGGUACUCAGGUUCCGAGCGAGUCAUAA